AUGGACGAUGCCGCGGUCCUAAGGAAGAAGGGUUACAUCGUGGGAAUCAACCUGGGCAAGGGCUCCUACGCAAAAGUCAAGUCUGCCUACUCUGAGCGCCUCAAGUUCAAUGUGGCAGUGAAGAUCAUAGACCGCAAGAAAACACCCACUGACUUUGUGGAGAGAUUCCUUCCUAGGGAGAUGGACAUCCUGGCGACCGUCAAUCACCGUUCCAUCAUUAAGACCUAUGAGAUCUUUGAGACCUCUGAUGGACGCAUCUACAUUGUCAUGGAGCUGGGUGUCCAGGGCGAUCUCCUCGAAUUCAUCAAGUGCCGAGGAGCCCUGCAUGAGGAUGUGGCACGCAAAAUGUUCCGCCAGCUCUCCUCAGCCGUCAAGUACUGCCACGAUCUGGAUGUCGUCCACCGAGACCUCAAGUGCGAGAACCUUCUGCUCGACAAGGACUUCAACAUCAAGCUGUCUGACUUCGGCUUCUCCAAGCGCUGCCUGCGGGACGGGAGCGGGCGCAUCGUCCUCAGCAAAACCUUCUGUGGGUCAGCAGCUUAUGCGGCCCCUGAGGUGCUGCAGGGCAUCCCCUACCAGCCCAAGGUGUAUGACAUCUGGAGCCUGGGUGUGAUCCUCUACAUCAUGGUCUGUGGCUCCAUGCCCUACGAUGACUCUGACAUCAAAAAGAUGCUGCGCAUCCAGAAGGAGCACAGAGUGGACUUCCCACGCUCCAAGAACCUGACUGGUGAGUGCAAGGACCUCAUCUACCGUAUCCUACAGCCAGAUGUCAACCGGCGGCUGCACAUUGAUGAGAUCCUUAGCCAUUCGUGGCUACAGCCCCCCAAGCCCAAAGCCAUGUCUUCUGCCUCCUUCAAGAGGGAGGGGGAGGGCAAGUAUCGAGCUGAGUGCAAGUUAGAUACUCGACCAGGCUCAAGACCUGAACACCGACCUGACCACAAGCUGGGGCCUAAACCCCAGCACCGGCUGCUGGUUGCACCGGAGAAUGAAGACAGGAUGGAGGAGAGGCUGGCUGAGACUUCCAGAGCUAAAGACCAUCAUGUCUCUGGAGCUGAGGUGGGGAAAGCAAGUACCUAG